AUGACUCGAGGUCGUCGUCGUGUAACGCGCUCCAAUGCUCGACAGUCUCCGCAGCAAUCUCCCGGUCCUGACAUCCACUCCGAGUCUGUGUCUCGAACAGAAGAGGCAGGUGCAAGAAAUUCUUUGCGCUUGCCAACGGACAGCUGUCCGGCGUGUAAGAGUGACGAAGGCUCAGAGUCAAGCCUCUCCAUUUUCACGAAACAAAGCUGGGUUAGAUGCGACGCAUGUAAAACAUGGUUUCAUUGGCUCUGUGUGGGCAAUGGCGGAGAGUUGGAAACCAUAGAUAGAUGGUUCUGUGAUAGUUGUGUGAAAGAGAGUCCUAUCCGCUCCAUUACAUUCAAACCCCCCGCUCGCAAGUCCUUGCGCAAACGAACCCAAAGAGAUUAUUCCAAUCUCGACGGUGGUUUAGACUCGGAUCCUAAUCGCUGGUUACAUGUUAUGGAAGGAAAAGAUAUAAAAAGCGAUCAAUUCAGGAGGAUGCAAGGCAGCGAAGUUGGACUAGAAUGGUUGGAAAGUGACGAGAACUCAAUGCGCGAACCCAUAGUCAUAGAGAACCCUGAAGGUCUUGGGAUGAAAAUGCCAGAUCCAGAAUUCACCGUCAUCGAUGUCAAAGAAAUAGUAGGCGAGGAUACACCUGUGGAAGUCAUUGACGUUGCUACACAGUCUAAUUCUCCUGGUUGGACACUAGGAAAGUGGGUGCAGUAUUAUUGCACGGAACAGUCAAGUCGAGAUAAGAUACGCAAUGUAAUCUCUCUGGAAAUAUCCGGAACGAAGCUGGCUGAUCAGAUUUUACCGCCACGUCUUGUGAGGGAGCUAGACUGGGUGGAAAAGUUUUGGCCUACUGUAAAACAAGGAAAAGGGCACGUAUACCCUAAAGUCCAACUAUACUGUUUGAUGGGUGUCGCUUCUGCUUGGACAGACUGGCACAUCGAUUUCGCGGGCUCAUCAGUAUAUUAUCAUGUUCUACGCGGCUCUAAGGUAUUUUAUUUUAUACGGCCCACGACCGCAAACCUUGCCGCGUAUGAAAGGUGGUCCGGAACCGAACUACAAAACCAUGUCUGGCUAGGUGACCUAGUGGAUGAAGUCAUUAAGGUCACAUUAUAUCAAGGAAACACGAUGAUUAUACCAACUGGAUGGAUACAUGCAGUGUACACCCCAGUUGACUCUCUGGUAUUUGGAGGCAAUUUCUUACAUUCGUAUAACGUUCCCAUACAGCUCAAAGUGGUUGAGAUUGAAACAUCCACUCACGUCCCAAAAAAAUUCAGAUUUCCGUUGUUCACUAGGCUCUGUUGGUAUGUCGGAGAUAAGUAUCUCCGUGAUCUCAAGGCGAAAGAAGAAUUCUCCACUCGUGUACUCGAGUCUCUAGCUGCUCUUGCUAAGUAUCUCGUUUUGGAAGUGCGUAGUAUGGAAAGAGGAAGCGAGCAGGCAAAGCGAGACGCCAAGGAGCAGGUGCCGAGUGACCGAAUCAAAGAUGCUGCAGCAUUGGCUCGAGAAUUACGCUGGCGAGUGCGCGUGGCCUGCGGAUAUUCGAGUGAUGAGGAAGACAUGGGGUGCAGCAGCCGGAAGAUGUUGGCCAAUGGACUUGCGAGUGCGGUUGGGAGUAAACGAAGGCGUGUACAUUCAAACGACGCUGAUCGGCCCAAUAUUUUCAAGAAUUACGUGCCAAAGGCAUGGGAUAUCGUAACCGAAAUGCCUGUCGAACGCAAAGAAUACACCAUCAAAUCUGAUAGGCCAGAUCUUCAUGGUUCGUGGAAAAGUCAUUGGACAGAAUGGGGCUUGAAGCCCGGAGAGAGAGAAGACGGAGAGCAAGUAACCGUACAUCGGCAAAAGGAAGUCAUGUUAAAAAUGAAAAGGACAGAACAAGGGUUCGAAGAGCAACAUAUCGAACGGAUUUUCGACUCAUGGCAGUGGGGUGGGUCUCUAGAAGACUUGCAGCGCGAAGAUAAAGAUAAAUAAAGGGCGGCGGCGAAGGCAAGGAGGGCGAUACAGAGGGCCAGGAAACUGCCCUUAUUGAUGACACGAAUAUAAAGCAUACUGGGUUUCGACUUAAUGUAGCCACAAUACAGGCAGCACUAUAGCUGAGGUAUAUAUACCUCAUGUGCAUCCUGUAUGUCCUGUAUAAAUCAAAAAUAAAUACUCCUGUUCAU